CCACGAUCCUAGAGUUCCCGAAGGCCACAGAGGCAUUUUCCUCCAACCAAAAGCCCAACGGUCGCAAUAAUCCCUUCGUCAUGCAAGCUGCUCUCCGUCUAGCACGCCAACAGCAUCGAUGCCUCGCGACGACGGCAAACCCUGCUCACGUUCUCGCAGGCUCUACGAGCGCUGCCGCACCCAAGCGACCCGUCAUUCCGCUGUCCAAUGUCGAGGCUCAGUGGGAGAAGUUGACCUCGGAGGAGAGGUCGUCGGUGCAUGACCAGCUCGAGGUGCUGAUGAAGAAGGACUGGAAAGAGUUGUCGAUUGAUGAGAAGAAGGCUGCUUACUACGUUUCGUUCGGCCCGCAUGGUCCCCGUACACCUUCGAGCAAGCCUGGAGAGAACUUUAAGGUCUUUUUGGGCACUGCUGCACUUCUUGGCAUUACCGGUCUCUUGUUCGUGGGUAUUCGAGCUAUCGCACCUACUCCUCCCAAGACUAUCAACAAGGAAUGGGAGGCUGCGAUGAACGAACGCGCCUUGGAGCAAAAGAUGAACCCUAUUACUGGUAUGUCGCUGUUCCAGACGCGUGGCAGUAAGCUUGACUUUAUUAUAGGUAUAUCAUCGGAGGGGUACAAGGGGAAGGGUUUCGUCGUUUCGAAAUAGAUAUCCAAGACAGGUUACGACAACCAAACAAUCAUACAUUCCUCUCGAACAUUCAGAAAUGCAUGACUCUUGGAUAUAGAUUUGGCAAGUCCGUCCGACACUAAAGUUGGAC